GAGAAAAACUUGAAGUGUAGACAAGCAAAAUGGCCAGAACAAAGCAGACUGCCAGAAAAUCAACAGGUGGAAAAGCUCCCAGGAAACAACUGGCCACCAAAGCAGCCAGGAAAAAUGCCCCAUCAACAGGUGGAGUUAAGAAACCCCACAGAUACAGGCCUGGGACUGUUGCUCUCCGUGAAAUCAGGAGAUAUCAGAAAAGUACAGAACUGCUCAUUAGGAAGCUCCCAUUCCAGCGUCUUGUUCGUGAAAUUGCACAGGACUUCAAAACUGACCUAAGAUUCCAGAGUGCUGCUAUUGGAGCCCUGCAGGAGGCCAGUGAGGCAUACCUGGUUGGAUUAUUUGAGGACACCAACUUGUGUGCAAUUCAUGCCAAAAGAGUCACAAUCAUGCCAAAGGAUAUCCAGCUGGCAAGGCGAAUUAGGGGCGAGAGAGCUUAGUUUAAUAGAAACAUGUAUCAUGGAUCAAUUUUCUCUUACUUUGU